CAGUCUUCGUCUGUCCUUCGAAGGGAGAAGCAGAAGGCCAUGGUCAUCAAGGCGGACGAAGGGGCUCCGGCCGAGGAGAAGGCUGAGGUAGCGGCGGCGCCUCAGAGGGAGGCAGGAGGAAAAAAGCACCCAUGCCAACUCUUGUUACUAGUUUUAUUACAAUAGAGUCUAUGUCUUCUGUGAACUUAUCUCAGUCUGCAUGCUUGCUAAGACUCUAGGAAAAGAGGAAUUGCCAUUUUGGAAACCAUUUAAGCCUCCAGGCCGUGAACAUUUUGAGAGCGCUGCCUUGUAUGUAGGCUACACCAUUGCUAACCAGCAUGAGAAACCUCUACAUACACCUGAGAUUAUGGGAAACACCCUUCUUGCCAAUUGCUGCCAGCACAUUGCCAGCUUGAUCUUCAGGGUGUAUGGUGAAGAUUCAUUGGAUGAGAAGUCACCCCUCUUGCUGACACAUCUGGCUGUGGCUCAGGAGAGAAGUCCCCAAAUACAAAACAAAAUGGAUGCUCCUGAAGCUUGCGAGCGCUCACCAAAGUGCUCACACGUUUCCCUUGGCUAUUCAUCUUGUGAAUGCUUACAAAGUGGAGGAAAAAUAGAGAGACCCUUAACAGAGGAGAAUAGAAAUGGGCAGCCAGCCAGGGGCUCUGAUAGUUGUGAAGCCUUUGCAGCGGCUGGACUCCUCCAGCAGUGUUGUGUUCCUGAUGACCUUCAGCGAGAAUCGACAUGGCCUCCAAACUAUUCUUGCUCACCUCAAGCCUCCCAGGAUUGUGAGGUGCCCAAGGAGCUACUCUCAAGCUUUCAAACAAAGGAAUACAAAGAGACUACAGGACCAGCCAGUGAAAGACAGGCUAGUCAUGGGAUGCCAGCUUUUAGGUUGCACCAUUGCCAAGAAACCACGGUGACAAACAGGGCUGUGUGCUGUGAGCCCAUUUCCACAGAUCAAGCAGUGGUAGCUUGCAGUGGUAGCCACAUCAGUUCUGCUUUUGAGCCCAGUUACUUAGGUAGGAAUAUGGUCUUGGACAGAAGACCCCUGGGUUCCUAUGGAAAGAAGAGCUGGAUUGUUCCAGAGGCCACUUUGUGUCCCACAGAAGACCAUGAAGGCAUGCCUGCAGAGGAUCAUCCGUCCAGCAUAGCCUUGAUGAACGGUGUUGGCUUGCAUGAGAACCAUAAAGAGGAGGCCAGACAGAAUGGCCAUGAAGAGACAGAUCACAUGGACGAUGGGAACGACCAAGAGGUCAUUGUCAUCCAGGACACCGGUUUCACUGUCAAAGUCCAUGCGCCCGCCGUAGAACCAUUUCCCUUGCAAGUCUCUCCCCAAGAGAUGGUCCAGGAGAUCCACCAAGUUUUGAUGGACCGUGAGGACACCUGUCACCGAACGUGCUUCUCUCUGCAACUCGAUGGAAAUGUGCUGGAUAACUUUGCUGAGCUGAAGACGAUUGAAGGAUUACAAGAAGAUUCAGUGUUAAAAGUAGUUGAAGAGCCAUACACAGUCCGGGAAGCCAGGAUCCACGUCCGCCACAUCCGAGACCUCCUGAAGAGCCUUGAUCCCUCAGACGCCUUCAACGGUGUUGACUGCAACUCACUCUCAUUCCUUAGUGUCUUUACCGAUGGGGACCUUGGAGACAGUGGCAAGCGGAAGAAGAAGGGUACAGAAAUGGAACAGAUCGACUGCACUCCUCCUGAACAUAUCUUGCCAGGAAGCAAAGAAAGACCCCUCUGUCCCCUUCAGCCUCAGAAUAGAGACUGGAAGCCUCUCCAGUGCCUAAAAGUACUGACUAUGAGUGGCUGGAAUCCCCCACCUGGAAACCGGAAGAUGCACGGCGACCUCAUGUACCUCUACGUCAUCACGAUGGAAGAUCGCCAUGUGAGCAUCACGGCAUCCACUCGAGGCUUUUACCUCAAUCAGUCCACAGCCUACAACUUCAACCCCAAGCCAGCCAAUCCCAGCUUCCUCAGCCAUUCCUUGGUAGAGCUUCUGAACCAGAUCAGCCCCACCUUCAAAAGGAACUUUGCCUCACUGCAAAAGAAACGUGUCCAGAGGCAUCCACUGGAGCGGAUAUCCACUCCUUUCCAAGUGUACACCUGGACAGCACCUCUGGCUGAGCAUGCCAUGGACUGUGUGAGAGCGGAAGAUGCUUAUACCUCAAGGCUUGGCUAUGAAGAGCACAUCCCAGGACAGACCAGAGAUUGGAAUGAAGAAUUGCAAACAACCAGAGAACUGCCACGGAAAAACCUACCAGAGAGGCUGUUGAGGGAACGGGCUAUUUUCAAGGUUCAUAGUGACUUCACUGCAGCUGCCACGAGAGGGGCCAUGGCGGUCAUUGAUGGCAACGUGAUGGCCAUCAACCCCAGCGAGGAGACCAAAAUGCAGAUGUUCAUCUGGAACAACAUCUUCUUCAGCCUGGGAUUUGAUGUCCGUGACCAUUACAAGGACUUCGGUGGAGAUGUGGCGGCCUAUGUGGCACCUACCAAUGACCUCAAUGGGGUCCGGACAUAUAAUGCAGUGGAUGUAGAAGGGCUGUACACCUUGGGCACCGUGGUGGUUGACUACCGAGGGUACCGGGUGACUGCCCAGUCCAUCAUACCGGGCAUCUUGGAGCGGGAGCAGGAGCAGAGUGUCAUCUAUGGUUCGAUAGACUUUGGCAAGACCAUCGUCUCCCAUCCCAAAUAUUUGGAGCUGCUGGAGAAGACCAGCAGGCCCCUCAAGAUCCAGAAACACACGGUGCUCAAUGAUAAGAAUGAGGAGGUGGAGUUGUGCUCAUCUGUGGAGUGUAAGGGGAUCAUUGGCAAUGACGGCCGCCACUACAUCCUGGACUUGCUCCGCACCUUUCCCCCCGACUUAAACUUUUUGCCUGUGGAAGGGGAGGAAAUGCCAGAAGAAUGUCAGAAAAUGGGGUUCCCCAAACAGCACCGGCACAAGCUUUGUUGUCUACGGCAGGAGUUGGUUGAUGCCUUUGUGGAGCACAGGUACCUCAUGUUCAUGAAGUUGGCAGCCCUGCAGCUAAUGCAGCAGAAGGCCAGCAAGCAGGAGAAUGUCACCACUCUGGAAAAUGGUGGCAGCCCCACCGCCUCAUUUCCAGAGAAUGGGGUGGAAGAUGGUGAGAAGUCCCCACUGGAAGAUGAGAGACUGGAGGGCAAAAUGGAUGGCAAGGGAGAGGAUGGUGUGGCGGGACUGGAUCAGGUGAAAGAGCUCACUGAGACGAUAGCGUCAGAUGAUGGAGCAGUGGAUCCCAAAAGCCGAGAAGUGAUCCAGAAUGCAUGCAAAGCUGUUGGCUCCAUCAGCAACACAUCUUUCGAUAUCCGGUUUAACCCAGAUAUCUUCUCACCAGGUGUCCAUUUUCCAGAUUCCAGCAAAGAGCAGAUUCAAGAUCAGAAGCGGUUACUGAAGGAUGCAGCUGCGUUCCUAGUUUCCUAUCAAAUUCCAGGCUUGGUCAAAGAUUGCCUGGACCACACCAUGCUGCCAAUGGAUGGUGCCACCUUGGCAGAAGCCAUGCACCAGCGGGGCAUUAACAUGCGCUACCUGGGCAAAGUGAUUGACUUUAUCACCAAAACCCCAGCCCAGACUCAGCUGGAUCACAUCUACAAAAUCGGAAUCAUGGACCUGAUCACCCGAUCAGCCAAACACAUCUUCAAGAUAUAUCUUCAGGGCGUGGAGCUUUCAGGCUUGUCAGCAGCCAUCAGCCACUUCCUCAACUGUUUCCUUAGCUCUUUCCCCAAUCCUGUUGCCCACCUUCCUGCUGAUGAGUUGGUCUCCAAGAAAAAAAAUAAGCGGAGGAAGAACCGGAACCUGAGCUCCUCUGACAACACUGCCUGGGCCACCAUGAGCCCUCAGGAGCUGUGGAAGAACAUUUGUUCGGAAGCCAAGAGUUAUUUCGACUUCAGCCUUCAGUGCGAGGGUGUUGACCAAGCAGUGGAGGUAUACAACUUACAGAAGAUCACCCUCCUCCGUGAGAUCUCCCUCAAAACAGGAAUCCAGAUCCUGCUGAAAGAGUAUAACUUCGAUAGCCGACACAAGCCAACCUUCACAGAGGAAGACAUCCUCAACAUCUUCCCGGUCGUGAAACACGUCAACCCCAAAGCCUCGGAUGCAUUCCACUUUUUCCAGAGUGGGCAGGCAAAAGUUCAGCAAGGUUUCCUGAAGGAGGGCUGCGAGCUGAUCAGUGAGGCCUUAAACCUCUUCAACAACGUCUACGGUGCAAUGCACGUGGAAAUUUGUGCCUGCCUCCGGCUGUUGGCUCGCCUGAAUUACAUCAUGGGAGACUAUUCAGAGGCCUUAAGUAAUCAACAGAAAGCGGUGCUAAUGAGUGAGAGAGUCCUUGGCAUAGAGCAUCCCAACACAAUCCAAGAAUAUAUGCACCUUGCUUUGUACUGCUUCGCAAAUAGCCAGCUGUCCACAGCGCUCAACCUACUGUACCGCGCACGCUACCUCAUGCUGUUGGUGUUUGGUGAAGAUCACCCAGAAAUGGCUCUCCUAGAUAACAACAUUGGCUUGGUCCUCCAUGGAGUUAUGGAGUAUGACCUCUCCCUGCGGUUUCUGGAGAAUGCACUAGUGAUCAACUCUAAGUACCACGGCGCCAAGUCCCUGAAAGUUGCACUGAGCCACCACUUGGUAGCCCGAGUGUAUGAGAGCAAAGCUGAAUUUCGGUCCGCUCUGCAGCACGAGAAGGAAGGCUACACGAUCUAUAAAAAUCAGCUUGGCGAACAUCAUGAGAAGACCAAAGAAAGCUCCGAGUACUUGAAAUACCUGACUCAGCAGGCUGUGGCCCUCCAACGCACAAUGAAUGAGAUCUACAAGAACGGAUCCAACGCCAACAUUAUGCCCCUGAAAUUCACAGCUCCAAAUAUGGCCAGCGUCCUGGAGCAGCUGAAUAUAAUCAAUGGGAUUCUCUUCAUUCCAAUCAGCCAAAAAGACUUGGAGAACCUGAAAGCGGAGGUGCAGAGGCAGCAGCAACUCCAGGAGGCUUUCAAGAGUGGAGAGCAGCCGGAAUCGGAAGACAAGUCCCCCGAAGAGAGAGAACCUGAAGGCAACCCGCCGGUCAUCUCGGCUCCUUAGUCGAGAGAGAACCCGCUUCCUUAAAGUUAGCCGGCCCUUUUGCAAUUGGGAUCUGACCCCUGGCCUUGUUUGGACAGCUUCUCUUUGGCAAUGUGGUUUUUGUUUCGGGGUUUUUUUUUUUGUUUUGUUUUUUGGUUUUGAUUUGCACUGGUACAAUGAAUACACAAUGCAAAAGAACUAAAUCUUGAGAAAUUGGCCCUACCUGUCGUGGCUGCUGUGUCGCACCCCCUGAAUGUGGGGCUGUGGAGCUGCUGCCAGUGGCCAAAGCCUCUCUGUGGUCCUCGCCGGAGGCCGUGACGCUGACAUGGGGAGGGAGCAAGGGUGCAGCAGGAGGUACGCGCAGGGCCUGGGCAUCUGUGGAUGUAAUAAUCAUCAAGCCAUUUCUACUGUGUACAUAAGAGAUUUAAUUCCAAGUGGAGGUAUAAUAACAUUUCUCAGGUCAUUUUUAUGUUGAUUUUACAGGACGCUUAAACUUUGCGGAGAAAGGAGACUCUUGCCCCCUGCCUCCCUGCGGCCCCCACUUUAAUAUUUUCUCUUGGCUCCUUAGUCCCCCUUUGCCUCCCAGUUCCAAUGCUCUUCGGGUGAUUGCAACACUUUAAAUGCUCUAUAUUAAUUGUAGAUUCAGCCAUAU